AAGACGCUCAUCGUCAAGAAUCCGCUCCUUGUCACAGGAUAACGCCAAUAGUACAGCAAGUGAAGGGCGUGAGAUUGACACUAAGACGAGGAACUCCAAGGAUAAAGUUCGAGAGGGUUCAACUUCAAGAAACGGUACUGAAGAUACUUCUGAAGAUGACGCGCAUACAACGAGUGACCAAGUAGAGCAUGUCGGAGUUGAGGCCACGUCCAUCAUCAAGGGGCACAACAUCUUUUUGGAAAAUGACGACGAUGAAGGCUUUGAAGAUCCGGACCGUGUUCGUCUCAUUCUCAUGACGCGCAAUGCCGAUGGGCUUUCAGGUGUUCUGCUGUUUUUACUUCGUUGUAUUCGCUUCGAAGACGGUAGCUCGCUACUCGAUUACAUCGACUAUCUCGUAGCCUUGUACCCAGAAAACCUCUUUCUCGAUGUCCGGCGAGCACGCUUUCGCGAUGUCGAUCUGUGGCGAAAACACGAGAUCGAUUUUCCCUGGUUUUCUAUUGGAUCCUCGUUGCACGGCGAUAAACGUGAUGGGGAUUCAGAUUCUGCAGAGGAAGAUGAGAUCGUUAACAUUGAGCAAGGCAAAUCGGGAGGCGAGGCAGCAGAAUAUCAGCGCGAAACGCCUACAAUUCCGAUAAGCCAUGUAAAUGUAGUUGUUCAAGUAGAGGGACAGGAAAAUUCAGCUGAAACUGAAAAAACGCGCAGCGAGCAUAUUCGCGCAGCGGCGCGAAGACGACGACGUGCCACUCUCAGUCAUAUUCAAGCGUACCUAGCCGACGCAGAAGCGCGCGACCUAGCUGAGUCAACACAGCUGAAAACUACAUUACCCAGAGA